AUGGGGAACAGGAGGAAACAGGAGGAAAAGCAUGUCGUUGACGCGGUAAGAGAAGCCCAAAUGAAGCGAGGCGACGGUGGCCUGGGCUUGGGGGCCAGUGAAACCUGGGCCAGGCGGCACCUCGGAGCGCCAGGGCUGCGGCCCCCGGGCAGGGCAGCGUGCGGCCCGUCCCUCCCCGAGCACGGCCCACGAGCCCGGCGCAGCUGUCCCGGCCAACGGGACCGAGGGGGAGGCACCGCAGUCUUCUCGGAAUUUAGGACGGGAAGAGUGAAAACCCGCCCAUCUUCCGGCCUCUCAGGUCAGGAAUUCCGGGUAGGGCUGGGUCCAGCGGGGUCCUGCGGCCGCUGCACAGGUGGCAGCGGUGGCUGCAGGGAGCGCCAGGCCACACUGCCCUGGGGCGGGCCCAGCGGGCCCCAGCCAGGUCCUGGACCUGAGUGUCUCCAGGUCGCCUCUCGGCUCAGAGGAGGUCAUGGAGGUGGGCGCAGUACUUCCGUCCUUCGGGCACGUGUCAGGCUCUGGAAGCCACUAGGCCCUGGCCGGGGCUCCUGCCCUCCUGCUCAUGAGCUCUGGGGGGCCGGGCUGCCAAGGGCCCAGCAGUCGGUGCCCUGGAGACGCGUCCCUCCCUGUCUCUCUCCUGCGGUGACACGGGGUGGGGAGGUGAGCCUUCCGCCGACACAUUUGGGGGCGGGUGUCCCCCUUCUCUGCCCUCCCCGACGGCGUCGAGCUCCGGCACGGGCUGGGCCGGGUCGCAGGCCUGUUCCUGCCCGGCUGUGGGAAGGGGCCCGGGUCCUGGUCACACGACCGCACCCAGCAGCAAAGGAGUCGGAAGGAAGACCCCAGCCAGCGGCCACGCUUCACGGCAGCCUUGGUCCGGACAAGUGGCUGAGAACGGAACCAGGCCCCAUUUCUGGGGAGCUCUGCCGGCCAAAAGGUGUUCCUGCCUAAGUGGGCAUUUCCCAAACAAUACACUGUUAGGGACUCACGGUCCAGACUCCCCCCUCCCCUCCUCUCCUUCCCCCACCCAUCUCCUCCCCGCCCCCCUCCUCCCCCUGCUCUAAUGGGUGGAUCUGACACCCCCACCUCCGGCCAGGCAGGGCAGCCGCGCUCUCCUUCCUAACGGGCGGGAGGUGUUCCUUCCCUGGAAGGAAAUGGCCAGCCUGGGCCCUUGGCGCCGCUCAGGAUCGAAUGAAAUGAAAAUGAAGGCAGCCGGGGGCCCGGCAGGUCCUCGGUUAUUCCCGCAGAGGAGCACUCGUCGUAUUUAUAUCCACAAAAGCAGUUUACUGAAGAAAUUAUAUAGCAAUAGACAUCCCAAACCUUUUCUCAAAAUUCUCAUUUAGGUGUUGUUUUUUAUUUCAUUAAAAAUGAUUCCUACCUUUGAAAUCUCCCAGAAAAGUACGGC